AUGGAUGGAAUUUACGUUGCUCCCACAGGAGGGACUACCAGCACAGAUAUCCAGUGUAUCUUUUUUGGGUUGACUUUGGAUACUGCAACAGACUUUCUUGCGCAGAAGCCUCUUUCGCCUAUUCAGUCGAAAAUUCGCAAGCUGUAUGUGCUCAGCGUCUUACAUUUGGACGGGUUGCUUCCUUGUUGCACUGCCAAAGAAUCAGGCAACCAGGCAGGAAGGUCCAUGCAUUUAUUGAUAAAUUUGUGCAUUAGGCCCUUCGAUCCCAGCCAGAAGAAGCUAGAAGAAGCUAAUACCAGACACGCUGACAAGACGCGAUACAUCUUUCUCCGAUACAUCUUUCUCGAUGCUUUACUUGCAGAAACUCAGGAUCCCAUAGAACUAUGCUCGCAGUAUUUGAACAUCCUCCUCGCAGGGCGCGAUACCACUGCUCCACUUCUGAGCUGGACCGUUAUGUUAUCGGCGCGCCACUCGGCUGCUUUCAACAAACUCCGAGAAGAUAUCAUUCAAAGCUUUGGCACCUACGGCUCGCCUCGGGAUAUAAACUUCUCCUCAUUAAAGUCAUGCCAGUAUUUGCAAUUUUGCCUGAAAGAGUCACUUUGUCUGUUCCCUGUGGUCCAUUCAACCGCCGUUCGGCAGUUUUGGCUACAACAUUGCCACAUGGAGGGGGGACAGACGGCCAAAUUAUUAUGUAAAGCACUCACGUCAUGCACCGUCGCAAGGACAUUUGGGGCUCCGACACUGACAGCGUCGAUCCUGAGCGUUGGCGUGGACGGAAAGUUGGUUAGGAGUAUAUUCCUUUUAACGGGGGGCCACGCAUCUGCAGUGGACAGCAAUUUGCCCUCACUGAAACAGGAUAUAUACUGGUUCAUCUGGUACAGCGUUUCGAUUAAAUUGAAAACGAUUAUUCUGGGCGCCAGGUUCGCUACGGCAUAA